GUUUGAUCGCCGUCGACCAAUUGGCACACGGUCCUCGCGUGUACCGGCCGUGCAUUGCGUAGACGUUCCGCCGAAAACAGUUCCGUGUAAUGUUUUUAUCUGUAGUGAUCAACAGCCGUACGCCCCGUUUUUGUCAACCAUUUUAACGUGUUUCCCUCUCGCUUCCGAUAUCCCACCGACGAAGCAUCGUUCGCGUUCACCCCACUCUCGGGCGUUCUCUCUCACACACACCCUCUCACUCUUUUCGUCUUGCCGUUCACGUAAAAAAAAAAAAAAUCACUAGAUAACGCGUACGAUAUAUUUGUGAUAUAAAACUAUUUGUUUACUAUUGUUUUUAAUUCGUUCAUCAUUUGAUUGUUGUUUUUUUUUUUUUUUUAAAUAAAUUAAUCGUGUACCGUUUCUUUUACAUCACUAGCUCGUUGUUUACUUGCUUGCUUGUUGGCGGAUUUUUUUUUUGUGUUCUAUGAUGUCGAUUUCAAAACGGACGACGAUGGCUUUCAACGGAUCUGCGGUGCAUUAAAGAUGAGAGUAUGUCGUUUCGAAAACGAUUAAUAUUUCAAAGGAUGUGUUGCGCACAGACUCAUAAACUCGGUUCACGCUACUUUCAGUGGUCUGAUUAGAAAGAAAAAAUAAAAACUAUUGCUAAUACAGCCUCGACGUUAGACAUAGUCAUGAUCUAUGAACACUGUUGUACAUUCAAUCGAAAAUCGACAACAAUGUUUAUGUGAAAAUUUCAUAUGGAUUACUUAUGACAUAUAAUGAUAGAAGGUGUGUCAAGACGAACCUUAGCUGGAUCGAGUGGCACAUACAAUGUUCGUGCUACCGAAUUAGCUGUAGAUCGAGGUCGCUUGAAAUCAAUUAAUGCUACAGUUAUAUUCCUUGACGACACUCAACAUUGUUUUAAACUUGAUAAACGUGCCAAAGGCCAAGUAUUAUUAGAAGCAGUAUUUCAACAUUUAGAAUUAAUCGAAAAAGAAUAUUUCGGUUUACAAUUUACUGAAAAUGGACUAACUCCAUCUGCAGCAAAUACAGAUAUAUUGAGAUGGCUGAAUCCCCAAAAAAGUAUUAAAAACCAAAUGAGAGGUGGUUUUUUUUAUUUUCGUGUUAAAUUUUAUGUAUCUGAUCCAAGUAAACUUCAAGAAGAAUAUACACGUUACCAUUUGUAUUUACAACUACGAAAAGAUAUAUUAAAUGGAAAACUUUUCGUGUCUCCAAGUACAGCUUGUCUCCUUGCUAGCUACAUGGUUCAAUCUGAACUUGGAGAUUAUCACCCCGAAGAACAUAAACCUGGAUAUCUAUCUGGUAUGGUUCUUAUACCAGGUCAAACAGAACAAUUGGAAAAUCAAAUUUUCGAACUACAUAAAUUACAUAAGGGUCAAUCUCCUGCAGAUGCUGAAUUCAACUUCCUAGAUCAUGCAAAGAGAUUAGAUAUGUAUGGUGUUGAUUUACACAAAGCAAAAGACUCUUCUGAUAAAGAAUUAGAUAUUGGUGUUACAUGUAAUGGUUUGGUUGUAUUUCAAAAUAAUAUUCGAAUAAAUACGUUAUCAUGGGCCAAAAUUGUAAAAAUAUCAUUUAAACGUAGACAUUUUUUUGUUCAAUUACGAAGAGAAAUGUCAGAAGAUUAUGAUACAGUAUUGGGAUUCAACAUGAUGACUUAUCGUUCAUCCAAAAAUUUAUGGAAAACUUGUGUAGAACAUCAUUCUUUUUUUCGAUUAAAUCAACCAAUAUGUCAAUCAAAUAAUAGAGGUUUUAGGCGAUUAUUUCCAGCACCGUUUUUACUGGGUUCAAGGUUUUCUUAUUCUGGCCGAACCGAAAUACAAACGAUUGAAGAAAGUCGUAUAUCACAACCACGACCCCACCGAACCUUUCUAAGAUUCAAAAGUAAAUUCAGUUCUAAGCAAACAGUUAACAAUAAUACUGAAAAUAAAAACUCAAAGUCUAUUAGUAAAUCAAUAGGUCCUAGGGGAUCACAUGAUAACAAAAUAAAAUCAUUUGAAAAAGAACCAAGACCUGCUUGGGGUCCAACUUCAGACGAUGAAGGUGGAUUUAUAUCAUCAGUUGUUCGUCUAAGUAGCAGUAGUAGUGGUACCGGAUUACCAGCAACUGGUAGAUCUAUGACAAAUUAUGUAGAUGAUGAUAUGUCUAGUAGUAUUUAUGAUAUUCCAGCCUAUGAUACAGAAUCUUCUUUGGGUGGUGAAAACAAUGUUGUUUGUAUUCAUAUGAAUGCUGAUAAGCAAGGAAGAUUUGGUUUUAAUGUAAGAGGUGGCUCCGAUUUAGGUUUACCUAUUGUUGUGUCUCGAGUUGUUCCUAAUACAUCAGCUUAUAAAGCGCAACCUAAACUUUGUGAAGGUGAUCAGGUAUUAAUGAUAAAUGGACAAGAAGUAAGUGAGAUGGCUCAUGAUGAUGUUGUAAAUUUAAUUCGAGCUGCUCGUGAUCUAGAACAUGAUGGUAAAUUGGUUUUAACAGUACAACAAAAAGGUAAUGAAGAUGAUGACUGUUUAAAAGAAAAAGAAGAAGAACCUUUAUUUCAAUAUAUACCAGAAUCCCCACCAAGUAUUAUGUCAUCUGAUCCAUUAAUUCAAUCAAUAUUAUUACUCGGGGAUGGUUUAGCAAGUGGAUCAUUGUUAACACAGUUUGAACAGUUGUAUAGGCAUAAACCAGAAACUCCCAUGGAUGCAGCAAGAACAACACAAAAUAUACAUAAAAAUAGAUACCGUGAUAUAGCUCCUUAUGAUAGUACUCGAUUUAUUCUCAAAGAUCAAGAAAAUGACUAUAUAAAUGCCAAUCAUGUUAAUAUGGAAAUACCUGGUUCAGGAAUCAUAAACAGAUACAUAGCAACACAAGGACCACUUCAAACCACGAUUGGUGAUUUUUGGCAAAUGGUAUUAGAAUCUCGUAGCACCUUAAUUGUUAUGGUCACUGCACUUGUUGAAAAAGGUCGACAGAAAUGUGCUAAAUAUUGGCCUCCAGUUAAUGAGUCAUUAGAAAUUAAUAGCAAUAUAUCUAUCAAAACAGUAUCUGAGGAGACUGAUACUUCCAAUAUUAUUGUAUACCGACAAAUAGAAUUAACUGAUAUAGCUAAAGAAGAAACUAGAUCAGUAACACAACUUCAAUAUAGUCUGUGGCCUGACCACGGUGUACCAGACGAUUCUGAUCGUUUAUUAAAUUUGGUAGAAGCUGUUCGUAAAGAACGUAUUGGAGUGGUUGAACCUGUCGUUAUACAUUGUUCAGCAGGUAUUGGACGUACUGGUGUCAUAAUUUUAUUAGAGACUGCAUUAUGCUUACUAGAAGCAGGCCAACCUGUUUAUCCUUUAGAAAUUGUCCGACAAAUGCGUGAUCAACGAGCUAUGAUGGUGCAAACUUCUAAUCAAUAUAAAUUUGUAUGCAGUUGUAUACAUUAUGCGUUUACCCAGGGUAUUGUAAAACCAUUGCCAGAAUAUAGUCAACAAUAAAAAUAUUUGGUAAACGAAAUAGUUGCAGUUAUUUUUUGAAUUAUAUUAAAUUAAUUAUUUUUACUUAAUUUGCUUCUUUUUUUUUUUUUUGACUUUUAUACGUUUGAAAAAUAUAAAAUGUUAAAUCACUAUUAUUCAUGUACAAUAUGACUAUUUACUAUGAAAAUGUUAUUAUAUUUAUUGUUUUAAAACUCUCAUAAAAUUAACUUUUUUUUGUAUUUGUACCUAUGCUUUUCACUAACUAUUAUCUAUAAUCUAUAAAAUUGUGUUAAUGUAUA